UUUUGCCAUGCCAGCAGGAGUCUUCAAGGUGUGCUUUGUGGUGAUUGCAGCUAUUGUCAACCAUCCGCUCCUCUUUCCAAAGGAGAAUGUCACAGUCCCUGAAAACACAGAGGACAUCAUCCAGAAAAUGAAAGAGCGGGAGGAGAGCCUGAGGCUAGAACGGCUUAAACUGGAGCAGGAGAUGGCAGUGCAAGAAACUUUAACCAAGUCUUCAGAAAAGGCCACAGAGCCAGAAGAGCAGUACCCCCAUGAUCCUCUCUCUUGGAACUUCUGGACUGCCCUGUCCUUGGUAGUUUUCCUGCUGAUUGAGCUGUGGAGGCAGGACUACCAAGAAGGGACAUGGCAAGACUACAGCAUUGAGGAGGAUGAAAAUGCAGUUCUGGGAAAGGCAUUCAAGGGGGUUUUCCUGCCAGAUAGAGGCACACUGGAUAGUUUCUAUGAAAGAUGUAUUCUGAAUGUGACCAGUGAAAUUGCUAGGAACAGAGAGCUUGUGGAAGGAUUUGCAGAUGACUUACUAGAGGCUCUAAGGAGUGUGUGUAACAGGGAUGCAGACAUGGAAGUGGAGGAAUCCAUAGGCAUCGGGAGCAUGUAUGAAAACUGGAGAGUUCAUAAACCCUUGGCCUGUGACUUUAUUGUCCCUUUUACUCCUCCAGAGCCAUAUUGUUUCAAGUUAGAGACAUGUGACUCAAGAGAAUCCGUUCCACCGGACAAACAAGGUUAUGGCGUGAUAAAGAUCUGCUGGGCAGAUGAGAACUCAACAGGCUGUAUCUGUGACAAGACAAAGCUGGGGGAAGACCUGUUGUGCCUCCUUCAUAGCAAAAUGAACCAGUCUAGGCACAACAACCAUAUGGAGGACCUGCUUUGUUACAAAGACUCUCGAUACCUCGAUAGUGACCAAGUUAUGAUGUGGUUCCAGGUUGCACUGACCAAAGCAUGGAACAAGAUUUCACACAAGUAUGAAUUCAGUCUCACUUUCAGCCACCUGGACAGUCCUGGUGCACUAAAAAUAAAGUUCAGGUCCGGAAAGACCAUUGCCUUCAACCUUACCCCUGUGGUCCAGUAUGCAGAUUCGGAUGUAUACUUUGUCUCCCAUUUCCCAUGCGGUGGCCUCGCAGAGGGUUCCACAUCCAGUAUUCACUGGUUUCUCACAUUUGCAGUGUACGAGAAAAGGUACCUCCAGUUUGUUUCAAAAAUUCUGCCUGACAGUUCCUGCCACCUUAGCUGUCUCCAGAUUCUGUCCUUCAUCCACGGAAAGCAGUGCAGUCUAACAGGACCAAGCAGCCUUACAAACUACCACUUGAAAACGGCGAUGUUGCAUUUGCUCCAGACCUAUCCCAGUUCAAACUGGGCUUCUGGCUUCCUGGAGGCCAGGCUACAAGACGUGCUCAGAUAUUUGGAGAAAAGUUUGCAGGAAAAGAGGCUUUACCAUUUUUUCAUUGGAAACCGGAAUCUGCCAGAGGAACUGGGCAUUCCGGUAGAGUUCCAGAAGGCGGAACCUGUGAACCUUUUCCGCCCCUUUGUGUUGCAACGGAGUGCUUACAGAAAAACGAUGGACAUGUUUCAUGAGAUGUUGAGAAACACGUCUGCUUUGAUAAAUGAGUACACCACGCAUGUACAUGUGGGGCGGGCAAGUCCACUAAACAAGGAACAACUGUAGAA